CUUACGCUAACAAGAGCUAAUAAGAGCAGAGUGUUGUCAUCCACAUAGAACUACUCAGGGCCGAGACUUUUUUACUUCCACCCGUACUAGUAGUACUGCACAGUUGUGAGUAUUAGUACACGUUCGUCCGUGUAUUGUCGUGUCGUCGUCGAAGUGCGACUUUUUGUGUCUGGUUUAUGUCGAUGCCUGAUCUCUUGUUGUUCAGAACGUAAGUUGCAGCGGGGCUAGGUUGUAAUUCUCGGAACUUCCCCCACCCAUCCUGUGUGCCAUGCAUCGGUAACAUAACACCCUUGUUAGCCGCCUGCCUGACUGGAGCUACAAACCGGGCCUUCAAUUUUAACUUUUUACUCCCACCCAUCAACAUGAAGCUGCAGUGUGAUGUGGAUGUGGUCAACCGGAUGCUGCCCACCUUAGGCAUGAAAAGUCGCGGCAAAGGGGCGAGAGCAGUGCUGUCCAUAGGAAAACACUUGGACAAGACGAGUCAACGCAGUACUGUCUAUAUGAUGAUCUGCACAGCUAAGGACAGAGCAGGCUCCAAAUAUAAGCUACAAGACAACAUAGAGAAGUUCUUUACGUCGUUUGUGGAGAAAGGCAAGGCUACUGUCAGAUUAAAGGAACCGGCUAUCGACAUCUGUCUGAGCAAGGCCGACGCCAACAGCUUGAAGAACUUUCUCUCGGCAGCUCGCUUGGCCGACAGAGGAAGUGUCAUGAGCAGCCUCCUGCUAUCGACCCUGACGCCUGUUCGCGCCAGAGAUGUGGAGCAGCCCAAGAAGAAGCUGACCAUCAUCUCCAAGAAGGACUACCCGCUCACCUCCAGCUUCCCUUACUCUCUGGAGCAGCUGCAGGUCUCAUACUGCAAGCUGUCGCGUGUUGACAUGCGCAUGCUGACACUCAAAGCUCUUCGUGUACUGGACCUCAGUAACAACCACAUCAAGAAGCUCCCCGCCACCAUUGGUGAUCUCGGCUGCCUGUCUGAGCUCAUCCUCCACAAUAACCACCUGGAAGCCUUCAGCGAGGCCCUUUGUCUUUCAACUUUGCAGCGGACGCUUCAGCUCCUGGACCUCAGCCAGAACCGACUGCAGUCCCUCCCUGCUCAGUUGUGCCAGCUAAGGGAACUGGUGAACCUCAAGCUGGACGACAAUAGGCUGCUUUGUUUGCCAGUCCACAUUGGUCGCCUGACUAAGCUGAGGUUCUUGUCUGUGGCGCACAACCGGCUAGCUGAGCUGCCAGGUGACUUCCGCAAGCUGAGACUGGAAAACCUGGACUUGUUUGGGAACCCUUUCAUCCAGACCAACCCUCUGAAUAACACAAUGCAGCUCACGUUUCCAGUCCCUCUUCAAGAGCUUGCUUCAAGGGCUGUAGCAGACCUCAGAAUUCCAUACGGACCUCACCUCAUUCCUGCACAUUUAUGCCAAGACCUGGAUGGUGCAAAGACCUGCGACUGUGGAUGCUGCUGCAUCAGCUUCUACAUUAAGACAGUCGUGAGCAUGAACCUACACAAAGUGUCUCACACCGUGGUUCUGGUGGACGACAUGGGCGGCACACACGCUCCGGUGACCCAGCACUUCUGCUCUCUUUCCUGCUACUCGGUGUUCUUGGACAACUCCCUACAGAGGGGAAUCAGAUGAGUUGACAUUGACGUGAAAGUGAAGCAGUUUGCAGGUGAUGUGACGGGACAGGACUCAACAGUGGCAGUUUUCAACUGUUUUUUUGAGCUGCCUGUUUUAUAACUUAAAAUAUCUGGCAUUUAAUACAUGGCAAAAGAGGCAGGUAUUCUUCCAGUCCCCUACUGACCUACUUCAGUAGGGAGAGGGAAUAACACCAUUAGAUUUUCCAUGAUCUCAAUUGACUCUUGUAGUUCUUUUCUGAAAGGGCCUUUUUUAUUGCGCUGAUGACCCAACUCUUUUUAUAUGUGUUGAGCAUUUAAAUAAAAGUAUGCAUUUUGUCUCUGGAAGUUUAUUGCAGGAAUUUUAAAAACAUUAA